AUGGAGGAGCAGGAAUUCAGCUCAAGGAUAAGGAAUGAACUUCUAGAAGAAAUCCGAAACUACAAGACUCUGACAGAGUCAGUGGAAGAGCCCAGAAUCCUCCUGGUUGGGCAGAUUACAGCUGGGAAAAGCAGCUUCUUCAAUUCGUUGAACAGCGUCUUCAGAGGUCAUGUGAUGCUGCAGGCCGCAUCUGGGUAUGGAGACACCAGUGUAAGCAAACAGUACCGAACAUAUACAGUUCUAGAUGGAAAAGAUGGAAGAAGCUGCCAUUCAUCCUGUGUGACACCAUGGGUCUAGAAAGUAAUCAACAGACCAAGAAAGACAAUAAUAAAGGACACGUCCCACACAUGAAUGAGUACCGAACAUAUCCAGUUCAUGAUAGA